AUGGUUGCGGUGGUGGCGAGCUUCGCUUGUGGCCCCGAGACCGGCUUGUUCGCCGCCACUGAUGGUCUCAGAGGCGGCGAACAAGAACAUAAAAGCGGUAAACAAGACAGCGUCGGGACCAAGUAUAACGUAUGGAUCGUGUAUGCGCUCGUUCUUGAGGAUGCGGGACGCACGCUGGACGAGAUCAACGAGGUGUCGCCGCAUUGGAGCGAUCUAUCUGAAUUUCACCCCGAGAUGGCGCGUGCUGAUGCCCAGCUGCACGCAGCAGGCGUCGUGCACAGGAUCCGCGACCCGUGGAAUAUUGCGACGCGCUGCCCCCGAACCGAUGACGACAACGAGCCAUUUCCCCACGACCGCCCUCCCCUUACGCUCCUCAACUUUGAGGACGCCACUUGUCGCGGCGAUGCGUCGUACGAGCUCGCCCUCUCGAGCGAGCAGAUGUAUUUACAAAUGGUGUUUGGUUCUGCGUGGGAGCAGGCCGCAGCGGGCGCGUGA